GGUGUUACGCAUUUUCCCAUCAAUUCCGCCUUCCCCGCUGCCCCUAGAGGCUACCACUUGUGGCCAGUCAAGCCACACUAUCGGAACCCGUGCUGGAUUCCGUCCUUCGAAGCUGGAUAGGCCGCUCCGGGGAAGUUUGGAUAGUAACUUUAACUUUACAAAUGGUACCUCUUACCAUGACCUGUGUUCCAAUCAGAAUGAGAGCCACUCUCGUUUGACAGCCAGGUUAAUCCCCCUGCAGAAUUCAAAAAAAUCGCCCAGGUACCUGGGCAGGAAGCAAGGACCAAUCAUGAAUGGUAUAUUGCUGCUGCUUUUCAUUUUGAAUUUGACGAAUAUCAGCAAUAAAUAAUAGAGCCCAGUGCGUGCCAAA